AAUCUAAAGAGCUGAAAGUGAAUGGAGUUGUGUAAAUAUUAAUCAGGGAUCCGGGUCUGUCGGGCGGUAUGGAAGAUCAGGACAUCUGUGCCUAUAGGGAGCGACGCCAGCGCAAAAGUCCAGAGGAGGAAGAGGCACUGGAAAAAGAGCAUUUCUGGAAGAUCAUCAGUGCCUUUACUGGCUAUGGAUGUACCAUUCAUGAGCAAGUGAACCGCACAGAAAGACAAUUUAAAUCUCUUCCAAGAAAUCAACAGAAAUUGCUUCCUCACUUCCUUCCUCACUUGGACAGCAUCCGUCAGUGCAUAGAGCACAACCAGAUGAUUCUGCAAAUGAUUGUGGACGAUUGUACCCAUAUGUUUGAAAACAAAGAAUACGGUGUAAAUGGUUACAGAAAGCCUACUCCUCCUUCCACCUUUGAAAUGGACAAGCUGAAAUCUACUAUAAAGCAGUUUGUGAGAGAUUGGAGUGAGGAUGGCAAGUCAGAGAGAGAUGCAUGUUACCAGCCUAUUGUUGAUGAGAUUCUUAAAUAUUUCCCCAAAGAUAAGAGUGAUGUCUCCAAUAUAAAUAUCUUGGUACCUGGGGCAGGACUUGGUAGGCUGGCAUGGGAAAUAGCUAAGCAUGGGUAUUCUUGCCAAGGGAAUGAAUGGAGUUUCUUCAUGUUAUUUUCCUCAAAUUUUGUGCUCAACAGAUGUUCUGAAAUUAACGCUUUUAAAAUUUACCCAUGGAUCCAUCAGUUUAGUAACAAUCGUAGAUCAUCAGAUCAAAUAAGACCUGCUUAUUUUCCAGAUGUGAAUCCUCACGAUCUUCCUCCAAACGCAAAAUUCUCCAUGACUGCCGGAGACUUUGAAGAAAUUUACACAGACCAAUGUUCUUGGGACUGCAUAGCAACAUGUUUCUUUAUAGACACUGCGCAUAAUGUCCUAGACUAUAUUGACACUAUAUGGAAAAUACUCAAGCCAGGAGGCAUAUGGAUAAAUUUAGGUCCCCUUUUAUAUCAUUUUGAAAAUAUGGCUAAUGAACUUUCUAUAGAAUUAAGCUAUGAAGAUAUAAAAAAUGUUGCUCUGCAGCAUGGAUUUCACAUAGAGUUUGAAAAAGAAUCUGUGUCAACAACGUACACAGUGAAUAGUUUAUCUAUGAUGAAAUACUUCUAUGACUGUGUCUUUUUUGUGGCUCGCAAACCACAGCAAUAAUGGACUUUGCAACCUAAAAA